AUGACUGGCAAUUCCACCCAACAACCAUGCUUUCCACAGGCACUUGAAGAUAAGACAUGUCUUUUUCAAGGAAACCAUACAUGGGAUCAGGUCAGUCAGUCAAAUAUCUACUAUCAGACCAUAGAAGAUGAAGACAUACUCUCUAAAUACUCUGAGGAGAGGAUCCGGGAAAUGCCAGAAAGGUUCAGUAUGGUUGAGCUUGGUACUGGAGCAUUUGAAAAAAUUGCAAUCCUGCUUGAUAAGGUUAGGGCCCAGAAGAAGUAUUGCUUUUGCCUUGUUGUCGAUAUUUCCCGGAAAGCCUUAAAACAACAAGUCGAUAAACUUUCCGCAAGAUAUAAAAGCUACGCUGGGAUUCAAGUUCGCGGUUACCAGGAAGAUCUGUGUUCUGCACAUCUGCGCCUAGAAGAAAUACCCGGCAUACUUUAUGUUAUCUCGCUGGGGUCUGUCUUACUCAACGAUGAGUUCCCCGAGGACCGAUUGAGACCCUACGCCCACCUUUUACAGCGUCGCCCAGGGAGCGUUUUGCACAUCUCCCAGGAUGCCAGCACCACCAUGAAUAGUGCCGAAAUUAUGCGACCUUACGGACAAAUGGUAUACUUAGAAUUCAUCCGGAGAGCAAUUUCCGAAUUUGAUGGAUUUAGUCCAGACGAGUGGGAUCUUGAUCACUUGAUGGUCUAUGAGCCACUUUUACAUCAUGCUUUUCGGUUGAAAGGGAAAGGUGCUCAAGCUGGUAAAGAAUACCUCUUUUUCCGCUCGUACAAGAUUACCAAGGACAUGGUGGAGGAGAUGACUUCCAACCAGGGACUCUUUAUUCUGAAGGCCUAUGAGAGUUCAAGAAUGAGUGAGCCCUCUUCCCGAAAUUACCCAUGA